GGCCGCCGGCAGCACCGCCGCGCACACAACACAAGAAGCACCACCAAAUCCACCGAGAGAGGAUCAUUUAUUAGUGGAAGGAUUGGAGGGAUGGAUGCGUCCAGUCGGUUCAGGAGGCCAAGCCCAGUAUUUGUUGUUGGGCCGGACGGCCUUGUUUGGUUUGGUGGCGUGGUAAUUUGGUAACGGACGGACGGGGCAACUUGGACAGAGGACCGAGUCGUCGUCCUUUCCGUUUCCCCCAGAGUUUCCUCCUUCCCCUUUUCCUUUUGCUUCCUCCCACUUCCCCCAUUCCCCCAUUCCCCUCCUGAUCGAGAUCAAUCGAUCGAUUGGCCGGCGGCAGUCCUCGUCCAUCUCACUCAUCCUCAGAUUGGGUUGGAUUCGAUUGCAAUUUGCAGCCUUGCAGGUGGUGGUACAGGGCGGCCGGCGACGAGAUCGACCAAAGGAAUUCGAGAUGGGGCGGCUGCUGUUGGUGAGCCUGCCGGCGACGGGCGCCGCCAUCUACCGCUGCAAGCACUGCGACACGCACCUCGCCUACGCCACCGACAUCAUCUCCAGGAUGUUCCGUUGCAAGCACGGCAAGGCCUACCUGUUCGCCAAGAUGGUGAACGUGACCGUUGGGGAGAAAGAGGAGCGCGCGAUGACGACGGGGUGGCACACCGUCUGCGACAUCUUCUGCGUCGCCUGCGGAUGCAACCUCGGCUGGAAGUACCUCGCCGCCGUCGACAAGACGCAGCGGUACAAGGAAGGCAAGUUCAUCCUCGACAGGCGCGAGGUGCUCGCCACCACCUCAACCGUUGCUGUCGCCACCACCAAUUCAAGCGGCGGCGGCGGCGGCGACGAGGACGACGACGAUCACCAGAGCGAAGAAGAUUCCGAUUGAUGAUCGAUUGGUCUCCCCGUCCCUCCCGUCAUCAUCGAUCCAUGCUUUGCUUGUAAAUAUUCCAUCAUCUCCAUCUCCUGACAAUAGUAUUUUAGUUUAUUUAUUUGUUAUUUUGGUGUUUGUGCUGCUGCCCUUUUCGGGCAUCUCCUGGCAAUAGUAUUUGUCAGCAGUAGGAGUAUUUAUCGGCAAGGGUAGCAAGCUGAUCCUCUCCGCUCUAGUCUUUUUCUCUUCUGUAAAUAUAAUAAUUUAAUGCAGCGCAGCGGGAUAACGAUUAACGAACUAUUAAACCUUCUUACUAGUUCAAUAUCUCAAUGACAAUGCAAUCUGUUUCGAUGA